CUUUUUGUCAUACUGGCACACAAAACAGAGAUAUGUAUUUCGCAGAUGGCCAAUUAAGGCUGCAAAAGAAAGAAAGUGGUUUUCUGAUGCAAAAGAGAUAAGGUUUGUUGAGUUCUUUUAUCCCUAAGCACCACUAGUAGAGAAAGGUGAGCAUCAUCAAUACCUGCAAAGAACUAUCAUAACAUGUAAGACUAUUUGUUCCUUUCUUCUGAAACAAAUCAGGAAAUGACAUAACAAGGAAACAAAAAUCCGAAAAGAGAUAACUGAUAUUACCACAGCAAAGAACAACUUACUUUUCUUAGCACUUUUCAUAUUCCUAUAUAUACCCUCCUAAGACACUGGCUAGUCAUCAACACGGCUAAUCAAGAAUCCAGAGAAAAACACCUGCCUCACUUUCCACCUUAAAACUAUCUUUUUUCUUACACAAAAACUGAAGAAAAGAUGAAGGGAAUCAUCAUUGCCAUUGCAGUGUUGGCCAUGAUUCAGCUCAUGUUUGAGCCAGGACAAGCUCUUACCUGUGGUCAAGUGGACGCUUCUUUAGCACCAUGUAUCCCUUACCUUACUCAGGGCGGUGAUCCAAGUUCAGCUUGCUGCAGUGGGGUGAAAAGCCUAAAAGAAUUGGCUCAAACCACAGCUGACAAAAGGACAGCUUGCAAUUGUGUCAAGGCUGCUGCUAAUAGGUACGCGAACCUUAAAGACGAUGCAGCUCAAGCUCUUCCCACCAAGUGUGGUGUCACUAUGGAUACCCCUGUCUCCAGAACUGUUAACUGUGAUAUCAUCAAUUAAAAGACAGGAGGAAAACAAAGAGCAUCUGCAAGAAAAUAAAGAAGGAUGACUUCUUAUUGAAUACUCAUGUAUUUCGUUUGCCUAUCUUGUACUUCUUUUCUUGUAUCUGCAAGAAAUAAUGGUUCUGGAUUGCGUAACAUCGGAGAACCAUUUUUAAUACUCCAAGCUUUAUCAAGCUUUCUGAUGCCAA